ACAUUAAAACUGACAGUCGCACAGUAAGCUGUUAAAAGCUUGUUGCUCAAAUCUGUGCUGUACUACAAAGUAAAAAAGAUAUUAGCUCGGACACGUAGCCGAAAUAACAAGCUUCAAUUCUGCGAACAGAGCAUGAACAAAAUGGACUGCUGAACAGACAUUUCGGGAUCACUUGACAUCUUGUUUUCGUUAGUUCAGUUGGGCUGCGGUGUCGUCUGUCCUAGCUGGUGCGUGAUUGCUGUAUCCGUGAUGAUGAGAUCACCAACAGAAAGUGCCUUUAAGAAGAUAUCCCCAACUUGAAGUUAGUCUGUGUACAUGGCCUGUCUGUGCUUUCUCUAAGGCCAAACUCAAGAACCAACAAAGGAUACCUCAGAUGCAGGCCUGUGCCACCACUUGGCUUGCAACUUCAGCUCCUAAGAGUGCUAAAUUAGAGCUAUAAUAUAAGAGAAUAAGAGGGCAAAGAAUAAUGACCAGAGAAUGGCUAAAAUAACAAGUCUGCAUUGAAUUUCCUUCGCCUAUCCCUAACCAUCAGUUGUGGAAUAUACACUUGAACUUGAAGUAGAAAAAAAACCCAUACAUUUGUUGGGCUUCUCAGUGUUUGACCAGCCAUCUAAUGAACCUGGAGGACUCAGCAGGUUGUUUUAACAGAGCACUUUGUACAUACACCACCCUACAGCUUUUAAUGUAUGAGGCACACAACAAUUGGAUAGACAUUUAAAAUUUUAUGUAUGAUUUGGACAUGGCUUUGAACAUUUCUUCAGUAAGAGACACAAAAUGGUUAACUCUGGAAGUCUGUCGACAGUUUCAGUGGGGAAACUGUUCUCGUAGUGAUGAGGAAUGCAAAUUUGCUCAUCCGCCAAAGAGCUGCCAAAUAGAAAAUGGAAGAGUUAUUGCCUGCUUUGACUCACUGAAGGGCCGAUGCUCAAGAGAAAACUGCAAAUAUCUUCAUCCACCUUCACAUUUAAAAACCCAGUUGGAGAUAAAUGGGCGCAAUAAUCUCAUCCAGCAAAAGACAGCAGCGGCUGUGUUCGCCCAGCAAAUGCAGCUCAUGAUCCCUGGCCCCAAUCUUCAGCCUGUGCCUACAUUUUAUUUCACACAGGGACUUGGCACAAAUACCGGUCUUGGGUAUGGUUCAUACAUGACACCUCUGAGUCAUGGAAUGAGCCUCGUUCCCUCAGACAUCCUUCCCAGCACUCCACUUCUUACUCCUGGGAGCCCACCUGUCACGGUCCAGAGUUCUUCUUCUUCGUCUUCUGCUUCUUCUCCAUCACAGAAGUUGCAGCGUCCAGACAAACUAGAGGUUUGUCGUGAGUUUCAGCGGGGAAACUGUACAAGAGGGGAAACAGAUUGCCGCUUUGCUCACCCUAGCAACAGUCCAAUGAUUGACACCACUGAUAACACUGUCACUGUUUGCAUGGACUACAUCAAGAACCGCUGCUCCAGGGAGAAGUGCAAGUAUUUUCACCCACCUGCGCACUUGCAGGCCAAAAUCAAAUCCAGUCAACAACAAGUCAGUCAGACAGCCGCGGCAGCUCAAGCUGCAGCUGCAGCUGUGACUCAGGCGACUGCCAAAGCAAUGAAGCGACCCCUCGACGCAGCUGUAGACCUGGCCUUUCCUCACAGCAUCCUGCAGUCCCUACCAAAGAGACAAGCUCUUGAGAAAAACAGCUGGGCCAGCUCUUUUCUCAGCCCCAGUUUUUUGCACUACCAACAGGCUCUGGCCAACACACAUCUGCAGCAGCCCACUGCAGCAUUUUAUCCCACAGGUUCUGUGUUCUGUAUGACUCCUGCUAACAGCAUUGUCCCCAUGAUGUACAGUGCUACGCCUGCUACUGUCUCUGCAGCAACUACUCCCGCCACAAGUGUCCCCUACGCAGCAACAGCACCAGCCAAUCAGAUCAUCCUCAAGUAACCACCAAACACAGAAGUCGAUGCCCUGUUCCUGCUGUCAAAGACCCCAAACAACCACUCUGUAAAUACUCUGUCCACACCACACACAACAUACAACAAGCUGCAUGCUGAUAAUGUCACUGAUGGAGAAGUUGUAGAUAUCACCUUGAUCUCUGAUAACAAAUUAUAUAACUCUAUUAAACUUGGAUUAUAGUGUUGUUUAAAAAAUGUCACAUAAGAUUUUGUAUGUACACACCUUUGCUCCUGGUCAGAGCUACAUUUAGCCUCUUAAUGAGCUGAAAAGCAGUCUUCAAUUCAUGAACUUUGGUGAACAUAUUCAAUGAGAAAACACAUGAAAAUCAAACAGAAAAUAGGUAGUGACACCUUGAUAUGAACUGAUAGGAGAACAAAUAGAAAUGUUCACUGUCACUUGUAAGUGAUGUAAUUAUUACAAGUGGAGGAGAUGAGCACGACACAUCUAAUCUGAAAUCGGCUUUCAGUGUGUAGACAAUAUAUGUUGAUGUCAGGUGUAAAGGGGUCUAUUGGUGAUUGUUUUAUUGAUUUGGAUCAUUCUUGGAUGUCUUAUAUUAUAUAAACAAUGUUUUUUCACAUUGAUUGUUUAUCUAGUGUCAGAUUUAAUAAUUUGAAACUAAGUAGUAGACAGCACUUAUUUUAACUUUAUACUCUGCAUUGUAAACCUGUAAUUUGAGAGUAGGCUCCUCCUUUAAAGUACUCUGAGGGUAGUUGAUCUGUAUUGUUUACAGUAAUCCCCAGAGAACAGGAUCAGUGCUCCACCUCCUGGUGUGCCUUUGCAUUGCAUAUAAAACCAGUCUAAAGGAUCUUUAUGAAACUGGCCCCUGGUUCAGCUUGAAGAUAUAGCAAAAGUGUUUUUUAAGAAGAGCCUUCACAACAUUGCAGUUAACCCAGUAAAUUGUGUAGAAAUACUGCUCAUAUUCAAACUAAAGUUCUUGUGAUCCUUUAAGGGUUGAGUUUAGUAGUGUGUAAACUGUACAGUCAGUUGUCAGUACUGUAUUUUUGAAUGUUACAAGUGCCUAAAGAAUUGUGCACGCAAUAAGCAUAUUUAAAAGGCUGUGUCGCUCAAUUAAAUCUACUCUAUUUAAGCCACAUUUAGAAAGAAAUGUACUUGUUUUGCAGUGUCAUGCCAGUGCAUUUUGUGUAUGCCUGUUUAGAUGCAGUCUUACAGUUAAUUUUAGUUAUGUUUAGGGUUCUAUGAAUGAAAAAAAUAAUAUCCAGGUUAUUUUUUAUUUUAUUUUACUUUCAAGAUGAUAAAGUAAUUUACAGCAAAGUAGAAUACUUUGUAUAAAGUAGAAUUUAAGUAGAAAUUUUGAAGAACUUCAGUUGUGUAUGAUUGACACAACAAUAUGCAGUUACUUGUCUUUGUAAUGUGCAGCAGAAUGAGCAUUGUGUCUGGUUAAGUAAAAUAGCUGACAUUUAAAUUAGUUUCCAUCAUAUACAUAAUAUUCUCUUGAAAAACUUCAUAUACGUUGUACAGUAUAUUCCCCCUAGUGAUAUUUUACACGCCAUUGGGUGGAAUAUAUGGAGUACAUUUGCAUAUUUUACUAGUUUAUCUUUAAAAACAUUUUACUAUUUAAUGAUGAAUGUAACUUAUGAAAUGGACCUUAGCUCUGCUGGAGGUUUCUUAAAGGGCCUUGAUUUGUUGUACCAUCCCAUGAAAAGUCAUUUAUGUCAAGGGAUCAAAUGUUGGAGCCAAGAGGAACAUUUUCAUUCAUGUCAUUGCCUUGUCACCUGUAAAGGACUACAAACCUCUGUAUGAGCUAGGCCAUAGAAUUGUUUUUAUGUACAGAGGUGCAAGUAAUGUUCAUAAUAGUGUAGUUUGUCAUUUUAUUAUUUUAAUUUGCUGCUGAGGCAGCCUGAUGUUAGUGUGAUUUUAAAAACUGUAUAUUUGUAAGUGAUUUUGUUGUUCCUCCUCAAAAUAACAGGUUAGAUUGUACUGCCAGAUAUUUGACUAUUAUGUUCUGGUGAAACACUAAGUGAUUCCGUGCAUAAAAAUUUUAGUUUUUAAGUCUGACUUUUGCAUUUUACAUGGUUUCCACUGCAUGCUAGCAUCUUGCAACAAAAAUAUAAUCUCUUGCAGAGUGGUCUAAAUUUUCAGAAGUCAGAAGGUUGAUGGUUUGCUGUUUAAACUUAAUUUUUUUUUAUGUUUGCUUUCAGUGUAGGUUAUUAUUAGAUAGGAUAAUUUUCCCUAAUUUAUUUUGCCUGUAAGUAAAAGGCAGUUUUCUGAAUGUUUGUUUCCCCGUUUUGGUAAAAAGCUUGAAUGUCAAGCAUAUGCCUGCACAUGGAGGUCGAGAUUUGGAUCACCCAAGUCAAAAAGAUGUGGACAGUAAGAAUGUUUUGUCAGACUGACUGAUGGCAGCAUUUCUCCUAAGCACUUUCUCAGCAGUCACGUGACUGAGAAGGCUUUUUGUGAACUUAUCCUUAUGCCUUAUCUUUGAUCUGUUCCUAAGUUUGCAUUUGUUCAGAAAUUAGAAAUUCCUUAAUAAAAUUAAUUCAGUUAUGACUGCUGCAUGACUGUUUUGUUUAAGGUCAAAAUUAUGUGAAGAGGACCGACUAGCUGCCAUUAUGAACGGUAAACUAUAUCACACCUUGAAGUAUGCCAGUUGUUUCCAUCCUGGCCUAAAUUUAAACUGUUGGCAAAUUUUUAGUCUGUAAAUUAUAGGUGAAAAUAAUUUGUUUUGUGCAUAAUGUAGAUGGUUUUGUUUCUGUAAAUUCAAAUUUGUGUAAAAUCUAA